GAGGGAGGUUAAGGGGGCUCCUGAGACUGCCUCAGAGGGGUGUCCAGCGUCCAGGACCAGAGGAAGGCAGAGACGAGAGAGACACGGCAAAGGAAAGUCACAGACACAAAGAAAAAGAAAGACCCAAAAAGGGUCAAGGACCUCAACAUUCAUCUACACAGCUACAGAGGCAGCUGGAGCGAGCCCUGGGAGAAGCUCGGCUGCCUGUCCGUCCCCAUGGGCCACCUUGGGCCAUGGCUGCACACUUCUCUCCUUUGGGCUGCUGCAGCGAGCCUGCUCCUCCCCCCGGCCAUGACCCAGCAGCGGGGAGGGGCCGGGCCAGGUCCCAGCAACUGGAACAACAAUGCAGGCGUCCCGGGGCCCUCGGAGGACAUGUCCGGCAAGUUUGGCCACCCCAUCCACAGCCAUAGAGGCCACGGAGAUGAGAACGAGGGUGUUUCCACAGAGGGUGGGCAUCAAUUCCAGAGCCACAGAGACCACGGAGAAGAGGAUGAAGAUAUCUCCAGAGAAUAUGGUCACAGUCACGGACUCCAAGGCCACAGGUACCAAGGACAUGAGGUCGGAGACGAGAACGUCUCUGAUGAGGAGGUAUUCACAGAGCGUGCGUGGCAGGCCCAUGGGCACAGAGGCCAUGUGAAUGAAGACACGGACGAUUCAGCCGAGCAUGGCCACCACGUCCCUAGCCACAGGACUCAUGGCCAUCGAGAUGAGGACGAAGAUGAGGACGAAGUUGUGUCCAGUGAGCAUCACCAUCAUAUCAUCAGGCAUGUACACGGAGGCCACAGAGAGGAAGAGGAUGAUGAAGAUGAGGAGGAGGAGGAUGUCUCAGAUGAGCAUCACCAUCAUGUCCCUGGCCACGGAUAUCAAGGCCACUUAAAAGAAGGAGAAGAAGAUGUCUUCUCCACUGAGUACAGAUACCAGGCCCACAGGCACGGAGGCCACGGGGAGGAAGGGGAUGAUGUCUCCGAGGAACACCAUCACCACAUCCUCAGCCACAGACACCAAGAACAUGGAGACACGGAAGAUGAGGCUGAGCCCACUGAGCACUGGCACCAGGGUCCCGGACGUACCCACGACCUUGAACAUGAGGAGGAGGAGGAGGAGGAGGAGAUCACAGUCAAGUCCCGCCACCACGUGGCAAGCUACCAACCCCAGGCCCACAAGAGCUGGGAGGACCGGCAUGCAGACGCCGAGGAGGAGGGGGAGGACCUCCCUGUCAGGCUGGGCCACCAGGCUGCCAGCCACGGGGAACAAGGCCUCAGAGAUGAAGGGACUGGCCACAGAGGGCCCACCAAAGAGGUCAGCCCCCAGCCCCCGGAACAUACGGGGGUUAAGGGUAAAGAUUAUUUGAAGGACAGGGAUUCCGAGGAGGAAUCAGAAGAGGAGCGCGGCUCCCAAGAGCAAGAUGAGGAUGGUCCAGGGCAGGGAGAAGGCACCCGCCGUGGCAGGCGGGACCGGGAGGAUGCGGAAGACGAGGAGGAAGGUCAUGGUCUCAGCCCCCGCCAGGGGGAGGAGGAGGAGGAGGAAGGGGCCGAUGGGGAGAGGGAGGGAGAGAGGGCUGAGGUUCACGCCCCCCUGGGCCAAGGCCAACCGGAGGAGGAAGAGGAGGAGGGGCUGGAGGAAGAACUCCCCUUCACCAUCAUCCCCAACCCACUGGCCAGGAAGGAGGUGGCUGGAGGCGGCCCCAGUGAGGAGCGUGGUGAGGACGCGGGUCCGCAGGACGCCCAGGAGUAUGAGAACUACCAGCCGGGGUCCCUGUGUGGCUACUGCACCUUCUGCAACAGAUGCACUGAAUGUGAGAACUGUCACUGCGAUGAGGAGAACAUGGGAGAGCACUGCGACCAGUGCCAGCACUGCCAGUUCUGCUACCUCUGCCCUCUGGUCUGCGAAACUGUCUGCUCACCAGGAAGCUACGUCGACUAUUUCUCCUCGUCCCUGUAUCAGGUCCUGGCGGACAUGCUGGAAACUCCAGAAUCCUGACCCGGCCGCGCGGCUGCGGCGCAGACGCACCUCCCUGGCCAUCCAACCCUUCCCACGAGCCAUAUUUAUUUCUCUGAAUAAACGCGCUCCCCAAAACCUGA